CUGAAGAAGCUGGAUCAGGCCGUGUCUGCCGCUCACACCUUCUUCGUCGCUAAUCCCCAGCACCUCCAAAUGCGGGAGGACAUAGAGAAGUACCGGCGUAUGUCAGGGGUGAAGUCCGAUAACUUCCGGGACCUGGAGGCCACGCCACACUGGGAAGCGUAUGAGGCUGGGGUGCAGCACUACAAUGCAGAUGAGUACCUGCAGGCUGUGGCCAGGCUGGAGGAGUCGCUCACAGAGGCUCUGUCAGCGCUGGAAGACUGUCGUGCCCUGUGUGAAGGGCCUCGGGAGGAUGAGGACGAGGACGAGGAGGAAGAGAUGCAACCUGGCCUGUACGAAGCCAUUGCAGCCCAUUAUAUUCAGGUUUUGAAAUGCAGACAGCAGUGCGUCCUUGAAAUUGCCACAAAACCGGGGCGGAUUUCUGCCACGGAAGAUUUCAUACCCUCUCAUCUUGAUUUACUGCAUUUUGCCUACGAUCAAGUUGGGAACCAGACACUGGCUGCUGAAUGUGCUGCUUCCUACUUGCUCUUCUAUCCCACGGAUGAGCCGAUGUUGGAGAAAAUGAAACAGUACCGCGCAGAACUGGGAGAGGACACGUCUGUCGCAGCCAGAGAGGAUCUUUGGACUCCAGACGAGCUGAUUCCUGAAAACCUAAAAGAGAAACACGGGGAGGAUCAGGAGAAGCAAAAGCAGGAAACGCUGGAUGUGGAAGAGAUGGAGAAGAGGGGUCCUUUGCCUUUUGAGGGUAUUGCUGUCACGAUGGAUUCCCGACGGAUGAAUGGAACCCAGAGGGUUGUGUUCGACAGGGUGCUGACGGAGUCUGAGUGUAAGGACCUUCUCCGGCUGACAAAGGCAGCAGGAGAAGCGGGAAGCGGGCCCCGGGCAAGACGGUCGCCUCACACCCCCCAUGAAAGAUUUGAAGGGUUAACCGUUCUGAAGGCCGUGCAGCUCGCCCAGAAUGGGGACGUGGACUGGAAAGAUGCCAAAUUGCUUCUGCAGGCUAGUGAGAAAUCACGGAAAAUCGUUGAGUCCUAUUUUACUCCUGGAAAGAAACUCCAUUUCUCAUUCACACACCUUGUGUGCCGCACGGCUGUAGAGGAGGAACAGGAAGGUCGCAUGGAUCUUAGUCAUCCUGUCCAUGCUGAUAACUGUCUCUUGGAUCCUGAGGGGCAAGAGUGCUGGAGAGAGCCACCCGCCUACGUGUACAGGGACUACAGUGGCAUUCUCUACCUCAAUGAUGACUUCCAAGGUGGGGGCCUUUUCUUCACUGAAAUGGACACUGUGACUGUCACAGCUGAGGUGCGUCCGAAGUGUGGGAGGCUGGUAGCCUUCAGCUCUGGCAAGGAGAAUCCCCACGGCGUGUGGGCAGUGAGCCGCGGCAGGCGCUGCGCCAUCGCUCUCUGGUACACGCACUCCCAGGAGCAUGCUGAGCAG